GAAAUUUGAAUAUUCUCUCUCCUGGCUUUUUCCUUUAGAAUGAGAAGACUGCAGGUGGACUGCCAGCUGCUGAUCUCGCUGUUGACAGUAAAAGCAGAUAUGCUCCUUGCUCACUGCCAUUAGUACUGACCAUGACCCUUCACACCAAAACCUCUGGAGUUACCCUGCUGCACCAGAUUCAAGGCACUGAACUGGAGACACUGAGCAGACCUCAGCUGAAGAUUCCCCUGGAAAGAUCGCUCAGCGACAUGUACGUGGAGACCAACAAGACAGGAGUUUUUAACUACCCAGAAGGAGCCACCUAUGAUUUUGGUACUACGGCUCCCGUCUACAGCUCUACCACGCUCAGUUAUGCCCCUACGUCUGAAUCUUUUGGGUCCAGCAGCCUGGCAGGAUUUCACUCCCUGAACAGUGUCCCGCCAAGCCCGGUGGUGUUCUUGCAAACGGCACCCCAGCUGUCGCCCUUCAUCCAUCAUCACAGCCAACAGGUACCCUAUUACCUUGAAAACGAUCAGGGCAGCUUUGGGAUGAGGGAAGCUGCUCCUCCAGCCUUCUACAGGCCGAGCUCCGAUAACAGGCGCCACAGCAUCCGGGAGAGGAUGUCCAGCAGCAACGAGAAGGGGAGCCUGGCCAUGGAGUCCACCAAGGAGACGCGGUACUGCGCCGUCUGCAACGACUACGCCUCGGGGUACCACUAUGGGGUCUGGUCCUGCGAGGGCUGCAAGGCCUUUUUCAAAAGGAGCAUUCAAGGGCACAAUGACUACAUGUGUCCUGCUACUAACCAGUGCACCAUUGACAAGAACAGAAGGAAGAGUUGCCAGGCCUGCCGACUGAGAAAAUGCUACGAAGUGGGGAUGAUGAAAGGUGGAAUCCGGAAAGACCGCAGAGGUGGGCGAGUGAUGAAACAGAAACGCCAAAGAGAGGAGCAGGAUUCCAGGAAUGGGGAGGCUUCUUCAACAGAGCUGCGAGCUCCCACCCUUUGGACAAGUCCACUGGUGGUUAAACAUAACAAGAAGAACAGCCCAGCCCUGUCCCUGACGGCAGAACAGAUGGUCAGUGCCUUGCUGGAAGCUGAGCCACCCCUGGUUUAUUCUGAGUAUGACCCAAACAGACCAUUCAAUGAAGCCUCUAUGAUGACCCUGUUGACCAACCUUGCAGACAGAGAAUUGGUGCACAUGAUCAACUGGGCAAAGAGAGUUCCAGGAUUUGUGGAUUUAACACUCCAUGAUCAGGUCCAUCUACUGGAAUGUGCCUGGUUAGAGAUACUGAUGAUCGGCUUAGUCUGGCGCUCCAUGGAACACCCAGGAAAACUUUUGUUUGCACCUAACCUGUUACUGGACAGGAAUCAAGGGAAAUGUGUAGAGGGCAUGGUGGAAAUUUUUGACAUGCUGCUGGCUACUGCUGCUCGGUUUCGCAUGAUGAACCUUCAAGGGGAGGAAUUCGUGUGCCUUAAGUCCAUCAUCCUGCUCAAUUCUGGUGUGUACACUUUUCUUUCCAGCACCUUGAAAUCUCUGGAAGAGAAAGACUAUAUUCACCGUGUCCUGGACAAAAUCACAGAUACUCUGAUCCACUUAAUGGCUAAGUCAGGUCUUUCUCUGCAGCAGCAACACAGACGACUGGCUCAGCUCCUCCUCAUCCUCUCUCACAUCAGACACAUGAGCAACAAAGGAAUGGAGCACCUGUACAACAUGAAGUGUAAGAACGUAGUUCCACUCUACGAUCUCUUGCUGGAGAUGCUGGACGCUCACCGGCUGCACGCCCCAGCAGCCAGGAGUGCUGCACCCGUGGAGGAGGAGAACAGAAGCCAGCUGACAACUGCAUCAGCUUCAUCUCAUUCCUUGCAGUCUUUCUAUGUAAGCAGCAAAGAAGAGGAGAACAUGCAGAAUACAAUAUAAACAGAAGUCAGCAUAUACAGUGGUAUGAGAAACCCAGCAGUGUUCUACCUAGCUCAUGCUUCAUUUCAUCUGCAGUGCCACCUUUGAAAACACUCCAGUGACAACAGACACCAGCAUUUUCCAUAUGAGUGUUUGUCAAGCGCUUGCCUAAAUUGAUUGCUUAUCCUAAAUGGAAGACAUUUCAUUGCCAAGGAUAGCCAGCAAGGAUUGUCUGGCUAACUUGAUUUAAAAUUUGCAGUAUUUUAAUUUAAUUUUGCAUGUUAUUUGGGUAACUAAGCCCUCAUCUGAAGCAUACAUUCAUUUUACUAUAAAUUGAUAGACCAUACCACCCAUGCAUAUUGGUAUCUUCAUGAGUGGUGGUCUUUGUUAAUAUCCAUCCAAAAUCCUGAACUCAUUUAGUCUUUUACUUGCUUGAAACUUUGAAGCAGUUUGGUAGAGAUUAUGGAUGACUUUUUGGGCAGUGUAAAGAGAAAGUUGACUGGCAUUUUAGUGUGCCAUAGAGAACUGUGAGAGACUGCCUUGGUAGUCUAGUUAGAUUCCUGCCUCUUCUUCCUAUAGUAUAAAGGAACUGCUGUCUGAGAAUUGCAGUAUUUUACCUCGCUGGCUUACAUCACCAGACAACUCCCUUUCAACCUCAUUCUGACCUAACUUUUAGGUACUCUUACCAUAUCCUCUAGAUGAAUUGCUUUGCAUGCAUGCUAUUUUGUCUGAUCCUAGAAAGCUAAAUAGUUUUGUUGCCCAAGAGUGUAAGUCCAGGGCAACAUGGCAAACAGUGAUAACAUAGAGAAUUACUCUUGAAUCAGACCAGAUGAUUACAAAAAUCAUCAGGUCUUUAAAAAAGGUCUUCACACACAUGCAGGAUCCAGCACUAUU